UAAAAACUAAAUAUUACAAAACACAAAAAUAAAAAAAAAAUAAUAAUAAAACUAAAACGUAUAAAAAGAAAAAUACACAAUGUUUCAUUAUAACUUUGUUGAGCAGAAAAUGUCGAUGCUGUCGACGAAUGUGCGAUCCGCCUACGAAUGUGAGGAAGAAUUCUCGGGACUCAGAGAUGACAAAGAGGUGCCUCAAGAGCUCUCGCAGACAUGCCUGCUGAUAAUCGACUAUAAGCAAUUUUUGGCCGCACGUUGCAUUCAACGCGCAUGGCGUCGCUACUACGCCCGUAGACCAAAUCGCAAAGAUUGGGCCGCAAUCAAAAUACAACGUUGGUGGCGCGGCUAUGCGACGCGCAACAAUUAUCUGAAGCUGGUCGAGAACAUGUUGCACGAACGUCUCUGGGCGCAUUACAAUAGAUCGGCGACGAAGAUACAAGCACUGUUUCGUGGCUGGUUGGUGCGUCAAACAGUGCACGAUGCGUACAGCUUGCGUCACACACAACAGCUGGCCGCCGAAGAGUUACUCUGUUGUGUGGCAUACAGGCUGCACCAUCUGCUGCGCACUCAGGCCAUUCCCGGUGUCUACUCGUUGCGCAACUCCACCUGCCUCUCGAAGGUGGAAAAGCUGUUGACCAGCACAACGUUUCGCUUUCACAACGAUCGAGCACGUUAUUACCAAAUGCAUAUGGCCAAUCUCAUGAAGAAUCGACGUGAUGAAUUCAAACGCAACAAGUUUCGGACUGCGGUGCCAUUCAAGGGACCCAAUUUCAAUACGGGCUGCAACUUGACAUGCGAAGAGAGUGCUUUUGGCAUCAAGUAUAUGGAUGCCCGUAUGUACAAGAUCAUCAAGGAGUACGAGACUGGGAAGAUCGAUGAGAAAAUCAAGAAGGUGCAUCGCACCUUGGCAGACCGUAAAUACCGCAAGCAUGUGGAGGACAUGAUCUCCCGCACUGUCAACGCAUCUCAGAACUUUUGUGGCGAUGUAAUCGAGAGCAUGCGCAAAUGGAAGAUUUGGGAUGAUAACAAUUUGAAAAUAAGUGAAAAUGUUUUUCGCACACCCGAAAUGCUGAACAAUUUCCUCGAUGAGGCUGCCAUUCUAAUAGAUCAGUUGAACGAUGUGCCAUGUUAUUGUCGAAUUGAUAACUUUGAAGAAGUGACGUGUUGACAAUAUUUCAGUACAAAUAAUCCUAAAGAGGCGAAGUUAAUACUUCUGUCUUAUUAAAUUUCAGUAUAGAAUA